AAACUAUUUAUAGUCUAUUUGUGAAUCUACAAAAGUUAUUAUUUGCGUCGCAUCCAUAGAAACUUUGAGGUUAAAACUUUCUAUCUUGAUAGAACUAAUAUAAACUCUGUGAUUCAUUGGAAAUUAUCUCAUACUUCAAAGAAGAAUUUCAAACUGUCUCGUUUGGACUUUCAUCCUUGGAUGUCAGCUGAAUGUUUUUUCUGAACAGUGUUUGCAAGUGUUUUGGAACUGCAAUGUGAUAGACUUUUCAAAUAUCUAUCUACUGAGUUUAUCAAGAUCGUGUUAAUAGAAGCAGAAAAUGCCGCUGAACACACAAGAAAUACUGGAAUUGAUAACGAUCAUCUGUGAGAAACGCAACGUGCAAGUGUGUGUGACUCAGUCCCUAAGAGGAGCUGCUAUAACUGCUGCGGGGGCAUUAUUUGGAAGCCUUAUUAUGGGUCCUUUGGGCUUAGUUAUGGGUGCAGUAGGUGGCUCACUAGGCGCCAUAUCAACAGGGGAAAACUACCGUCCACUGCCACAGAUUCUGAUGAACGACAUCACGCAUGCGCAGAGAGAGGAGAUCACCACCCGAAUUAACAGAGUCAUCGCAGAUUUGGAUGUCACCGAUCUGAGAACGGUCAUGAUGCUAGCUAUGUCGCAGUCUGUGUCAGAUGUCGUCAUCAGGGAGUUGGGAUGUUAUGUGCAACGUGAACUGUCUUUGGCUCUUAAACAUAAUUAAAUUAGAGGAUGUUUUUAAUUGUUAAGAUGUGAGAAGUUUGAUAC